CUUUUAAUUAUACGAUUGCGUUGCCACUCGCUAUUAUGUAUUCAAAAUGUUAUCGUUGUAAAUUAUAAAAUGGAAUCCAUUAAUGCAGCCAGAUGUGCACACAUACAUAGUAUAUACUGUAGUGUGUAGAUGCACCCACACAGCGGAAUGGCGAGCCAUCUAUGCAAAAUUCAUUUGCCCCAAAUAGUAUGCAAUGGGAAAUGUGCGUGAAAUUUAUGCAAACAAGGAGCAUUGGCCAAAAUGGUUGUUGGUUGUCGCUCGGAUGGCUCAUUCCGUGUGUGCAAAUGACUUUUGAAGCUGCUUAUGUAAGUCGCAUCAACUCAUGCAUGUUGCAUCUUCCGAACGAACAUCACGCAACACUCAGAAAUGUUUUCAUUUAAAAGCUUGCUUAAAAAUUCAACAGGUUCACCAUUUAUCAAGAUAUUGCCACUAGGCCAUGCCAACUAACUCAAUUCAUGAAUAUAUUUGCGGAAUCAUUGACGCAAUUUAUUAAAACAGGGCAGCUGCCGUAAUAAAUUUGGGUAAAUUAUUAUGGCUCAAGGAAACGAAGCACUUUUGGCACUCAAAGUGCACAAAUAUGAAUUUAAUUAACAUCAAUUGGCAACAUAUUUUCAAUUUGCACCUGUGCCAGCACAACGAGAGUGAAACAUAACCGAAAGGAAAUGGUCGAGUUAAUUGCAUAUUGCGUAUACGCCACGUUGCCGCCACGAGGGCCACAAGUGGCAAAUGCCAAACGGUUUUGUUAUUCCGUUUGCCAGUUGUUUGGCACGAGUUUGUGAUUUUAUUUUGCGUUUGUUUGUUUGUUCGUUUGUUUAUUUGUUCCUGUGCUUUGUGCAUUUGGUUGGUCGUGUUUCGCCAUCCUUGUGUGUGCUUAUGGGUAAAGUUUUCUGGUUUCUGUUCUGGCAAAGUUCCUUCACUGCCAUGGCAUAUUGGGAUUUUUGUGAGUUCCAGCAGGGCGCUGGAUUCAAUGAAAUCCGUUCGACCGCAAUGACCACAACUUUCGUCCAGCAAUCUCGAUCUGAUGUGACUUCACAUCGCCUCUGCGCUGCAAUGCAGUGCAACUCAAUCAACAUUUAUUACACAUACGCGCCGUGGUACAAAGCCGAGUACGAGGGGCGAAGCCCUAUCACAGGGUUUAAGGAGUUUCUGUAGUUCUGUAGUUCUCGACGAGCUGUUGUUCAUUUUCAAUUCGUUUAAUGGGUCACUUGGGCGUGCGGCCCGAAACUUUUCACGAGCUGGCAAACAAGCCAUAAAAGUAAAUAGCCAGCAACGUGGAAGUGCUGAGCUCAUAUUUUCCACAGCAACUCAAUACGUAUCUUUAAAGUUACAAAAAUAGGUGAAAUCUCACAGUCAAGCUCUCACUACUUACUCUGACAAGCUUAAGGAUUAAAGUAUCUUCAUAUGCAAUAAAGUAUACAUACGCAGUAGUAGCCACAUCUUUUCUCUGCGUGUAAUUGGGCACGAGAGUGGGUGGUGCUCGCUUAGCUCGUUGGUCCUUUGGCAACCACAAAAGCGCACGCAACCGCACACCUGCAACAUUUGUGUGUGGUCUGCAUAAGGGCCACGCCCCCACGCCAACGGGCGAAAUCAGCGCCCACCGUCACAGGGCAUCUUAAAUAUAAUCGCGGCAAAUUUAGACAUUGUUGGCAUUCGUGCAAAAUGAUAUUUGAGGAAGAUAAUCGCCCUAAUGCAAUGAUAUGGCCCACCCACGCAGCCAGCUUCGUGGGCAAAGGGGCUCAAAGGACAUGAGGGGGGAGGGGUGGCGGAGUAAGUCAUUCAACCGCUCGUUCCUUGGGCACAAAGUUCCUCUCACGUCGCCUAUUAAGCUCACUUUCAAGUCAGCCUUUGGCGUUUGUAAAAUAAGCUUAGCUGCCUGACUUUCCUUGCCAUCCUCUGUGCGCUUGUGUGUGUGUGUGAAUGUCCUUUCCCCCGUGUGAUUGUGUGUGUGUGUGUUUGCUUAGCACCCACACGUUUGCCUUUUAUGUAUGCCGAGGCACAUGCAACACCUCGGCACGCAGUUCCUGCCCCAAGCCAUUCAGUUCGUUCACCCAACGUGGCUUGCGUUUGGAUUUUAUUAAGGUUUUUUAUCUGCAAUCAGAGGCCAUUCGAAAAGCUAAUUUUUGGACGGACUUCAAUAUUGUUUUAAUAUGCGGCUAAUCGAAAUGGGAUCUACGGCGCCCUUGUGGCGAUUAAGGUGGGUCGAAUUAUAUUGAUUAAUACUUUUUCAAUAAUGUGCUCAACCAAACAGCCUGUGGCAACGCUUUAUUCGUGAUUAAUUUGAGUAUUUGGAAUUUCGUUGAAAACACAAUCAUAUCGUUGCCACGAUUUUUCCAUUGUUUGGUUUUUAUUCAACUCUUAUAAAUGAUUUUCAUUCGCAUAGCAAUUUAGAUAAAAUCACUUUCAGUUGAAGCACUUUUCCCCGACCAGCAGCCAAAAAUCCAUAUAAAUUCUCGCCCAUUUUUCAGUUGGCAUAUCAGCGCUAGUGGGCGUGGCCGCGCUGAAUGAAAUCGCUCUGUCACGUUUUAAUCGCUCCAGAGAUUAAAAUAAACUCAAAAGUGCAACGAGUGAGUGCGAAGUGCGAAUUGCGAAGUGCUACAGAAAUGGGAAACAUACAUGUUGCAUGGGGAUUACAAAAUUCAGCGAUAAGUAGGCUAUUUCGAGACUCCGUAACUCCCCGUGGGUGGUUUUACCUGCCCGAGUUGGUUUUUCAUUUCAUUUUUAUUUUUGGCGAAUUUAUUGCGUACCAUCAAGCAGGUGCUGGUGGAAAAGGUGGAAAAUUGGCUGGUGGGCGCCACGGGUGUUCGUGUUGGCACGUUAAUUGAAAUUCGUGGAUCCCAGGUGGGGCAUACUCAUCCAUCGACAAGGAAUGGUGGCUCUGCAACAGGGCCACAAUUUAUGCGGGCACUGAUAAAAAUGCGAUUUACGCGUAAUGGUUCCCACUUCCAUAUACAUUUAUUUGUUUUGAUUAUACGGGCAAAGUCUCCAGCGAAGAAUAAUUAAUCUUACCCAAUUACAUAAAGCAAAGCAUAAAUGAAUCGAGAGCAUUAUACCGCGUUGUUUAUAUAUUUCAAUCUUUUAAGUUAAAAUAUUAUACAAAUAUAUCUUAGAUUUCAAACGAAAUUUCCCGCUGUGUAAAUAUUACGUGCCCGUUUGUGUCUGCCGCUUGUUUGUGGCGCGUUGCAUGUUGCAUGUUGCUCCUUGCGCUCCGUUCACCUCCUACUUCAGCACCCUGCAACGUGUUGAAUUACAUAAUUUAAAGUUCGCUGCGGAGCUGCAUAAUCCCGUCGGCCUGGCCGAGCUGCUCCACAAGUGUCAUACAUGUGGCGCCCGGUCGAGGUCCUUUUAUUAGAUCAGUGACUGGCCCACCGGCAGGACGAAGUUUACACGACACGAACUUUUCUCCGGGCACCGCCUGGCCAAAGCCAAAGUUGGAAAUUAAAUUCCUUGCGUAAACACACUUGGCUCCUAUGGCACAGGAGCGGGGAGAGAAAGGGUUAGCGCCUUGCAUCGAUAUCCCGGUCGUAUACGUAAUAUGCAAAUGUAAUCAGUGCCCACAUUUUAUGUUCCUGCGUGUGUGGCCGUGAGUGUGUGCUCCAGUUUUAUACGCGCCUGCCAGCGCAACUUUGUGCUAGUACUAAUCCAAGCCGUGGCCAAGUCAGCUUGAAUUUUUAGCACCUUAGAGUAUUUUUAGUAGCCAAAACAAAGGGUAGCAGACGAUACUAAAUCGGUUAUGGGUGAGGUACACUUUACAAUGUACUCUCUUAAAUGCAUAACCGAAUUCUGUCAACUCCCUUGCAUAUUUAAACCUUCGACAUUGCUAAUCAAGGGGGCAAACAAAGAAGAGUUUUAUUUAUCGACUGACUGAACUGACCUCUUUCGACUGGGAAAAGUACACACUUCCCAGCAAGAAAUCGCGUUCUUAACCUCCCAUAAGUAGCAGUGCAGUAGGAGAAGACGAAUCAGAUGUCUCUGGAUCGCUCGCCAUGAAGCGGCUUACAAUCGCGGUUUUCUGGCUGGCAUGUAUAAACUUGGCUUCCACGACUUGCUGCACUUCUGCGGCGACUCUGCACUUCAAGAUCCGUGGAGGAGUCUGCGGCGUUGUGGGUGCGAAAAGCAAUGGCACUGGCUGCAAGAUUACCAUAUGCGCCAAUGGAGAGGCCCUGGUGGGUAGCUAUUGUGGUAGGGCGGCGUGCGAUGUAUUUGGAUGCCAAUGCAUUAGGGGCUGCCUUCAAGGAUCUUUUGCCAGCGACUUUUUAAAAAAGAAUUACAUACACGGCAUCGAAUUGCUGGGCACCGAAAUGAGCGAACUCUGUUUUCUGUGCCAGUUCAUACCUAGAAAGUUGGAAGUUGCAAUAAAUUAAAGAGCUGAACCCUUUUUCAAUUGAGAACAGACUGUAAAAAUAUUUAUCAAAUGCAAUACUUUGAAUUGGCAGCAGAAAAUCAGUUGGGGUCCGUCGCUUUGUUGGUCCUUUUUUCCAUUUGGCAUGUAAACUGGAUUUUCCGCUGCCGACAGCCAUCCUUAUGGUUAUUUUUUGCCGCUCGCUGUAAAUGAAAAACACAUCCGCAUAUGGAACUAGUUUGGCAUCCGAACAACAAUGGCAUAAAAAAUGCGGCACAUCCCCCAGCUGGAUAUAUUUUUUUUUGUCUAAGCGCGGAUGGCAUUGUUUCCAUGCGAACGCCGUCCUUCAGAUUUAGUUUGAUUCUGCGCUAAACUUGCGGCUGUCAAUUUCAAUCAAUUCAACUCGAUUGUCCAUCAACUCGCAUAGAACUUGGGCCCAAAAAUAUUAAGAAUUACUUGUACUUUAAAUGGGUGGAAUCUCCAUAGCUGAUGCAUAGGAUUUCAGCCCUUGUUUCCUUCGUUAUCCCUGUAAACUUCCGGCCAUUUCCAGAGUUUUGUUCCGCUUUUUGUACAGCCAUGAUGGAAAAACUUUGCUUGAAUGUGGAUUUCCUGCUCUCAUCUCGAACUGCAAAAAAUUCUAUUGGAGGUGUGUGCAUUUGUCGCCUUUUCAGUAAUUGAAUGCUUGGAUUUAAUUGGAACUGCACGCCCUGUUGAUUCCACACACAAACUGAAUGCAUACACAUUAUUGACAGGGCGCCGAGUUGAUUCGAGUUGAGUUCAGCGGCGCUCAGGUGCUUGACACCUACCACUACAGAUGUCCACACACUCGCAUACACUGCGCAAAACAGGGAUGAAUAUCUAAAUCAAGGUUUCUAGAUUUAUUGGGAAUUCCUUGACUUAACACUGCACUUUCCUUUAAACUUUUGCUCAGUGCAGAGAGUCUCCUGGUCCUGCAAAUCGCACACGGUGCACACCGAACGUUGACUUAUUCAUAUUGUGAUGACUUGGCGCAACUUUUUCUGGCAGCUCACAAUUCUUGGCAAUAAAAUAUAAAUGGAAAAAACCAGGAGCUCUCCUGCCGCCGGCGGUACAGACUCCAGCCCUAAUUGCCAUGGCAGCUCGUUAGCUUCAAAGAGCCCGCGGCGUAGCAGGCUAAUGGGCAGGGCUAAUACCAAUACUAUGGCUAAUACUAAUACUAAUACUAAUGCCGAUGUCGAUGCCAUUGGCCGCUGGCCGCCACUCGACCUGGCCCACACAGAAUUGGCCAAGCGGCCAGGUAAACAACACGAAAAAAUAUUAAAUGAACCGCAAAAUUGUGCAGCUGGCCGAGCUGAAGAUGAAAAAACGUGAAAAAAAAAUGUGGAAGGAAUCCAACAUCAUAGUGAAAAAGGACGCUUGUCUACGGGUAAAGGGCCACCGAUGAGAGGCUAAAUAUAAAUUGGCAUACUUGCACCCGGUGACUCGGCCUUGGAGUUGAUCCCAUUCCCCGCCAGAAUCUCGAGUACGCACCCGUCACCCAACGUAAAUUUUUAAAGCCCAGUGCAGCUUUAUUCUGCCACUAAGCAGACCACUUUCAAUUGCCAUUGCUGCUGUUUUCAUUACAAUUUGUUGGUAUACUUGCCCCACGAAGCGCGUCCAGCCGCAAUGUAAUGUCCUUUGUCUGUCCCCCAUCCCCGCCACUCCUCCGUAUCCUCCGCAUCCUUCGUAUCCUGUUCUUCCAAUUCCAAUUCGUGUCCCUUACUGCAGGCAGUUUGCAUAGCAGCGGAUGGAGCGAAGAGCGUUGUCUACUUAGGGGCUGGGCGAUUGCCGAGCAUAAAUUGGCAGGCCAUGGCUGAAAUCUAUAGAAAUUGGCAACAAAAAGCUGGCUAGGACACGCUCUCUCCAAGGAGUUGAGUUUCUUAGAGUGGGCAACUAAUGAAAUACUGACUGAAUAUUAGAUUACAUUUUAAAGGCCAAGGAAUCACAUGACAAAAGCAUUUAAUGAGCCGGCUCAUUAUUGAUUGUUAUAAUAAACCAUGUGAAAUGUCUACUUUAAAAUGUGAUAUUUAGUAAAAUUACUUAUUAGAUACACUUUCCUAAAUCAAUCAACUUACCAUCAAGUUCUCCCGUCGUCGACAGACAUAGUUUCUGCCUUCAUUUUGCAGCGCGACUGUCUCUGAAUUAAAGUGGCAGCAACAUGGCAAUCAGGAGCACCCAGACAAACUUGCCACCACCCACCCAAUCAUCGGGUAUUCCCCGUCGCUCCCCAAUCGACGCAAUUUGUAUUAUGCGCCUCAGCGCCUUUGCACUUAAUGCCUUAUUUGUAUUUAAUCGCGGCUUCCGUUUCAGUGGCACUCCACUCCAUUCCAUUCCACUCCAUCCACUUCCGCCUUCCACUUUCCACUUUUCCUGCUUUUCUCCCACGAUCCCAGCCUCACUCAAUGGCAGUUCGAGCAGAUACAGAUUCGUAUUCACACUCACACUCAUACUCAGACUCGGACUCAGACUCAGACUGAGAUACAGAUACAGAUAGAUGGAGAAUGACACAAUUUGCUGCCUUUUUGCCAGUCUCUGUGCCACUUUGGCCUCCCAAUUACCCACUGCCGAUGGCUGUGCUCGACAUUCGUCAGUGGGACUCGUUUUUGGGUAGGAUAUUCAGCCACUACUGGGAGGAUUCAGGGAUACCUUGUUUGAUUGCCCAAUGGAGUCUGUCAGCCUUUGACCAGUUAUUGGGCAAAAGUACAGCAAGGACAACUUGAGUGGCUUUAACUUAAUUAAGGCACAAUUUAUGCGACACAAAGUAAUUUUAAAUCCCUUUAUUGAAUAUGUGCGUCUUGUUUUUAAGUUAAACUUUAUGCUCUAGCCAAAUUGAAUCAUAGUUUAAGCUUACUUUGCCCAAAUAAACUUUGUUACUUUAAAAAUACUUGAAAAACUUCAUGGCUGAUAAUACCUUUUUGUUCUUGAGCAAACUUUGCCUGUGUUUUCCUUUCCCCGAAAACCGUAAGAUAAACAAGUGCUUCAGUCGCUCUUAAAUCAGUCAAAGGGGCCACUCGAGGCCAUUCGUUAGACGCCACUGGCAAUUAUUAUGUGCUAUAAUGCCCGGCUGACACGGCGAAUUUGGGAAAGUUUUUUUUUUGUGUUCCGGGCCCCGGAAGGUCCUCAUUUGUUUGGGCAGUUUAAAGUUUUCGCAUUAGCCGUAUGACAUUUACAUUUACCGUGCCUCAUGGCACGGAAAUUAAGGCGGCCGCAGGACACAAAAGAGGAGGGGCAGCCGCAGGAGCAGGAGCAGGAGCAGGAGCUGAAACAGGAGGGCUGGCAUCCGCCUUGCGGUAUGCAAUAAAAAGCAAAUGUAACGCAAAAUGUUAUUACGCAUACGCCAUGUGUGCCGCUGUGUCACCGUCGUGCUGCCUUGUUUGUCUUUUAAAGGUUUGUCGUCCGCGCAUUACGCCGUAUCUACACUGGGAGAAUAAAUGUGUCACAUAGAUUGUGUUAAAUAAAAAUGUAUACAUUCCAUUUUAUUUGUUACAAUACUCUAUUAACAUACAACUUUAUGGCAGAGGGCUCUUGAAGAAUUCAAAAACUAGAUCAAAGAGUAUGAAUAUUUUCUCUCUGUGCGUGCGAUCCCCUCAGCAUUUUUCUCACCCCCCCGCCUUUGUGUCUGUCUGUGGCUUUGAGGUCGGGCCAAGAGCCGGAGCUCGUCCUGCCCUGAGCUUUUAAAAUGCCAUUGUUUGCAGCUGCGCUUGGCUUCACCCGACCCCCAAUGACCUCCUCCACCUCGACCGCUCCAGGCGUUUAACUUUAAGGGCAGAUUUCUCUCUAUUUGUAUUCCUCCUAGCAUUUUGCAGCACUUUUUACUGUUUCACUGCAGUUCGCCCCGCCUGCCAGUUUCAUUAGGGCCUUCUAAUUUAUGCGGCUCAAAGUCAAUUCUCCAUUUGGGCCGCCUUGUGUGAGCUCUGAUUGUGGCUCUGCCUUUGGCGCAGUGGGCGUGGCACUUAACCAAUCUGCCGACAUAUGUUACUGGGCCCUGAUUGAUGCGCUCCCGAUGAGGCGGAUGUGGCUGGGAUUUCAAUAAAGUUUUAUGCCAUUUCAACGGCCGAGCGAUGAAGGGAAAAACUUUCGAAACAAUAAAUCACCGAUGACUGCGACGACAACCACGUAUCCUUCUGUCUGCUGAACCUGAACUACUGUGUCCCAGCCUCCUAAAGCUGGAAAGAGCAGGAAAAACCAGUGGGAAAAAGUGGGGAAAAAUGAAAAGGAAAUGAGAAAGUAUAAAUAGAGUCGACUACGCAGACGAAUACUCUUGGGGACGAGACUCUGAUUCACUUUGGUGUUGGCCAGUCGAGAUGGACUGACUCAAGGUCGGCUUUGAUGAUGGAUUAGCUGGUGUCAUCACUUCUUCGCCUUGCAAGUCUCUAAUAUUUUUGUGUUCAUUAUGCGAAUUAUACCCAUCUAUUAUGCUCUUUAAAAGUUUCGCUUCCCACGUCAUCAUUCAAUCAAUUUGAGGGCCUUCAAGUUUGAGUAAAAGUGAAUGUGUCACCUAGUCGAAACUAGUUGUAAAAUUCUCAAGCUUAUCAAUCUUAAUGCCUAAUUUUCUUAAUUCUCUUCCACUUUAAUUUUAUAUACUUUGUCUUAUAUCAAAGGGCAUUUCAUAUUUUCCUGGCCAAGUUUUCCUUGCUGUUUUCACUGCCAUGUGAGAAGACAU